AUGAACUACCUGGUAGACCCUGGGAAAAGGUUGCAAUCGACCUAUUUACUUGGGAAGACAGUGACGUCAGAUUAUGACACCAAUUUCUUGGAGGUGGGCAGACUGAAGAGAACCAACUCUUCAACUAUCAUCAGCAAACUAAAAAGGCAUUUUGCCAGACAGGGAAUACCUGAACAGGUCAAUAGCGACAAUGCUCAAAAUCUGACAUCCGAUGAAUUCCAGAGAUUCGCGAGAGACUGGGAUUUUGAACACGUCACCGUGAGUCCAUACAACAGCAAAGCAAAUGGCAAGGCAGAGUCAUCGGUGAAGGCAGCAAAGCGGAUGCUACGGAAGAUGAAGAAGUCCGGAACUGAUCCAUAUUAUCGCCCUGCUGGAGAUUCGCAACACCCCAACACAAGGAAUAGGCAGUAG